AUGUCACGGGUGAGUGGGGUUGUUCGAAAUUUAAGGGAAAUAGUAGAAAUCCUCAGCAAGACUCAAUAUGCAAAACUCACGUUAAAAUCUGAGAAAAAUAUCAAUGAUCUCACCCUCCUCCCUCUGGGACAAAAAUUGCUGGACAAUCUGAAGAGGGAAUGGAUAAAUUCUGAUCCUGUAAUCAAUAUCUAUCAUAGAAGUGAGGAAAAUGCUAGAGAAACUCAGAAAGUUAGGAAGAUUUGUGAGGAAAAUCCUCUUUCCUUGUACACCUCAAAGGAUUUUGAGGAGAAAUUUCGGAAUUUGAAGGAAAACUAUCAAGCCGAAAUUCCUCUGGGUGUUUCAGAAUGCCUUUCAUGCCCAUCUUUUGAGAGAAAAGCAGAAAAUCCUGGAGAAAGUUUGAAUUUUUCCCUGAAGAACAUUCAAUACCUCACUUGCUCGUACUUUAUCUCACCAGUCAGUGCUAUAGAACAAUUCUACAGAAUUCAGAGGCAGAGGAAAAUAUGGUGGAUGAAGUAUUCAUCCAAUCCCGGUAGAUUUAAGGUGUCAGAGUCUAAAACUAUUGAGCAGUCUGAAGGGAAAAUUCAGAGAAUUUCCAUUAGAUCAAAUAUCAAUGAAUCCUCAUUGGAUUUGGAGACAAUUGAGUUGAUUUCGUUGAAUUCUGGAGGGAAUCUCAAGCUCAGGGAUCAGCGUAGUGGCCAAGAGAUUACUCCUGCUAUCGUUAAGACCGGGAUUUGUCUAGAGAUUGCCACCCUGGGCGUUUUGGUUGAUGCAAUUGACUCCUCGGAUGAAACAGAAAGCCUCAUGCUUCAUCGCAAAAUUGCUCCUCAUCAAUUAGCCGUUCUCUGCUACUCCCAGCAGCCAGAUAACUUAUCAGAUCUCCAAGAUCUUGCACAAUUGGUUACAAUAAACACCAGAAAGGUGGGAAUUUCCACACUAAACCUCCCAAAAGGAGCCACAGAUGAGGAGAAACAUCUCUCUCAAGAAUUAAGCGUCAUGGAUCGUCUGGGAGUGCCUUACUGCAUCAUCCUCAACGAUGAGAGCCUCCGGAAUGGAAUUCUCCAGCUCCGUAGUCGUGAUACAUCACUCUCAGAGGCAGUUCAUCUCACGGACAUCCCCAAGUACCUCAUCAAAAUCUACUCCUCCUUCUGAUUUUCUCCACGACGAGAAUUUAUUGUCCAGACUACAAAGAUCAUGUCACAUUUAAGUUAGAAGAUUUUUUAAAAUUAGUUAAUUUUCAGUUUACGAUUAUACGGCAUUUUAGUCACUUAAAUAAUUAAUGCACGAAAAAUUGUGCAAUUACAGUUUUCUUCAUUA